AUGAAAUUCACCAGAGACAUAUGCAGACUGUUGGGACUCGCAAGCGGGCCUCCAGUCCAGCAGCCGGAAGAGCAGAUGGACUGCGAUGGAGCCACUCCUAAACCAAGCCAUGAUGCCAGUCUGUCACAGGAUGCAUUAAAUGGAGAGGAGGAUUUGAGUGAGGAGGAGAAAGUCAGAAGAAAAGCUGAGCGAAGGAAAGCCAAGAAAAAGCGCCGCAGAAAACGUAAGAAGCAGGAGCAGGUCAAACAAAGUGAGACAGCUGAGCAGGAUGAGGACGAUGAGGAUGUUGGAGCCGAGUCUGAGCUGGAUGAAAGUGAGUCAGAGCCUGAGGUCGAAGCUGCCUUAAUCUUUUCUAAGGAGCCCGAAUGGGACGUGAGCAGCGCCUUCUUUGCAAACGCUGCUAGUCAUAUCAAACCCAAACAGACAAGUCGCAAAUCCAGAGAAAAUAAGGAGAAUGAAGCCAAGCGGGAGACAAAUGGAACUGACAUCGUAACCAAGAAAAGCACAUCACUGACAGAAAAAGGGAUAAAAUUGGUGCAAGAAGGACAGUACGCACAAGCUGUCAUUAUGUUUACAGAAGCCAUCAGAUGUGAUCCCAAGGACAACAGGUUCUUUGGUAAUCGUUCCUACUGUUAUUACUGCCUGGAGCAGUAUCCUCCGGCCCUGGCAGAUGCUGAGCGAGCAAUUCAGCUGGCCCCAGACUGGCCUAAAGGAUACUUUCGCAAGGGCAGUGCCCUCAUGGGUAUGAAGCGGUACAGUGAGGCGGAGACGGCCAUGGAGCAGGUGCUAAAAUUGGACAAAGACUGUGAGGAGGCCGUCACUGAUCUCUUCAACUGUAAAGUCCUGCAGUUAAUGGAGCUCGGCUUUGAAGAGUUGCAAAGCGUGCAGCUGUUGGAGAAGUUUUCCACAGUGCAGGCCGUUCAAACAGCGUGUUUGGAGGCAGCCAGAGCUGGAAACCAAGAUCCAUCAGUUGUGCAACCAGGAAGUCCUUGUGCAUCUCUGUGGGUGGGAAAUGUGACGACAGAGCUGACAGAAAAACAUCUGUGGGACCUGUUUAAAAUGUACGGUGAGAUAGAAAGUAUCCGUGUGCUGCACGAGAGAUUCUGUGCCUUUGAACAUGGCGUCUCGUGCUAUGGAGAAACUAAAUGGUUAUUGCAUCGAGAACACGCGUCUAGUGGUGAGGUAUCCAGACCGGCGCACUCAGAGGGUUCUCCCUGUUCCACUCAAGACCUGUCUCUCUGUAACACAGCAGGCAGGAGCAGCUGCUGGACCUCGAAGACGGGGGCCUGUAAACGGAGACGAAUGUUACUUUUGGAGAACCACUGGCUGCCACUUCGGGGACAAAUGCCGCUACAAACACAUUCCGGAUCAGAAAAGCAAAGACAGGAAACCCUGGCAGCCUUGACCUCUUCACUCCCCGUCUUGGUGUACUCAGAAAACCGAGAUACUCAGACUGAGCUACAGGAGCUGGUACUUAAUGGACCAGGUUAAAAACAACCACAUCACUGUGGCAGAACGGAGCAGCAGCGUGAGAAGACUUGAAAUGGCACUUGGUUUUAGUCAAACACGUCCCACAAAGAAAUGCAAGUACCAAGGUUGUUCUGUCCGACCGACAAGUCCCGAGAGCAGACGGGAUGAUGCUGCUAGUAGUACUGCAGGACUGAGUACUACUGCAGGGCAGCAAAACAGAAGAAAAGGCAACGACUAAAUCCUCCGUCGUCAUCGUCUUCAUCUCUUGUUAACGUCCUUAGUAAUUGUGGCCCCUUCUGGGACAUGACUUUCAUUUCCUCGAGGGACUUUUAGCUUCACAGGAUCACGACAGAAGUGCAACUGGUUGGGAUGGAGGGGGGCAGAGCCGGGAGGUUACUCUGUUGUGCUAAGAAGCAUUAAAGAGACUGUGGUAAUUUGUUUUUCGAGCCAAGAGUCUUGACCGAAGACCUUUUCAUUUUCCAGAUUCUGUCACAAAACAAUGUUCCUCGAUGUAAAACCUUUUAACUGACUGUCCACAGACCAAAGAUGCAACAACAGACACAUGUUAAAUGAUAGUUUAUGGGAUUUUUACUUUGAAGCCAGUACCCUCCACAGCUCCACAGAGGUGCCUUUAAAUGUGUAUUUAAGUUAAUCUGUAGCAGGGAAUUGAACACAGACUGAACAUGAGAGAGAAUGCAGGAUUGUAUGUAGUAAUGCAUGGCCUUGUUUGCCAGUUUAUUUGCCUUUUUUUCCCCUUUGCUUUAAAGACACACAGCAUGUCUGCAGAGUUGCAGGAAGGCAUUUUACAUCGAGUCUCAUUUUUGGUGAGACGUAAUGUCUUUUUGUUUUUUUACAACAAAUAGCAAGUGUGACACACUUCCUGUCUCCUGGACCACAGAAGCUCAGAGACAAUGAUCUCAGCACAACUGAAAAGCCAGACUGUGUUCAUUCAUUAAUGUCAGCGCUGGCAUGUUUCCUGCUUAUUUAGCUUUUUAUGGUUUAUGCAAAAAAAAA